AUGUCCCCUUUCCAAGCCCUUUACGGGAUUCCCCCACCAUCCAUCCACUCUUACCUCACAUGCACUAUUGCAGUUCAGGCAGUUGAGACCGCCCUUCGCGAUUGCGAUGCGACGCUCCGUCUUCUCCACGAUAACCUACUCCUUGUGCAGAACAGAAUGAAGCAAUUCCAUGACCGAAAACGCACGGAAUGCACUUUUGAGAUUGGCGACUGGGUUUAUCUUAAACUGCACCCCUAUCGCCAGCAUUCCAUUACCCCCCACCAUAUCCACAAGUUGUCCCUACGAUACUAUGGGCCUUUUCAGGUUGCUGCUUGGAUUGGUGCCGUCGCCUACGGCUUGUUUCUUCCAGCGGGCUCCAAAAUCCACCCUGUUUUUCACGUACCACUCUUGCAUAAACCCAUUGGCACAACCUGCGUGUCUUCUCCCACCUUACCACCCAUCAACCCAUUUGGUUCUCUUCUCUGGACUCCUGAAGCUGUUCUUGGCAGAAGCAUUUUUAAAUUCCAAAAUACUACAGCUACCAAAUGGUUUAUUAAAUGGCAGGGUCUUCCUACUGCAGAUGCUACUUGGGGGGUUGCCACAGAUAUCAUCACCCUCUUUCCUCACUUCCAGGCCUGA